AUGGUCGCUUUCGACAAGUGUGAAACCCGGCCGGCGCAUAUCGAUGCCAUCCUCAAUGGCCUCGACCGGUACAACCCCGAGACCACCACGGUCUUCCAGGACUACAUCCAGCAGCAGUGCGAGGACCGAUCCUUCGACUGCUACGCCAACCUGGCUCUGCUGAAGCUCUACCAGUUCAACCCCCACCUCCUCCAACCCGACACCGUCACCAACGUUCUGGCCAAGGCCUUGACCGUGUUCCCUUCUCCCGCCUUCUCGCUCUGCCUCGCUCUGCUUCCCACCAACACUCAGCCUUUCCCUGCCACUUCCGAGGCCCAGGCCGCCUCCCAGACUUCCGACUUCGUUGAGUCCGUGCAGAAGCUCGCCCGCCUCUCGACCCUCCUUGAGUCCGCCCAGUACACCCAGUUCUGGUCCACCCUGAACUCUGACGACCUCUACGCCGAUCUGACUGCCGAUGUCGCCGGAUUCGAGGAGCUGGUUCGCAUCCGCAUCGCCGUCGAGGUUGGCAAGACCUUCCGCUCUAUCACCGCCGAUUCCCUGGAGCAGUGGCUCGAUGUUCGCGGCCGUGACGCCCUCGGCAAGUUCGUCGCUGAUGUCUGCGGCUGGAAGGUCGAGGGUGACGUUGUUACCGUCCCCACCAACAAGGAGAAUGAGGCCCGCAGCGAGGUCAAGAGCGAGCGUGUCGGCGUCGAUAUGUUCGGCCGUGUGAUCCGCCGCGGUUUCGAGCAGGCCGCUUAA